AUGACAACAGAAGCAAAUAAAAAAAAUCAUAAAGAUUGGUGGCAUCAUUCAGUUGUUUAUCAAGUUUAUCCACGUUCAUUCUAUGAUUCAAAUGGUGAUGGUAUUGGUGAUAUUCAUGGUAUAACAAUGAAACUUGAUUAUUUAAGAAAAUUAGGUGCUGAUAUUAUCUGGUUAAGUCCGAUUUAUGAUUCGCCUAAUUAUGAUAAUGGUUAUGAUAUACGUGAUUAUACAAAAAUAAUGACUGAAUUUGGUACAAUGGAUGAUUUUGAUCUUUUAUUAAAAGAAAUGAAAAAACGUCAAUUAAAAUUAGUUAUGGAUCUUGUUGUUAAUCAUACAAGUGAUGAACAUCCAUGGUUUAUUGAAUCAAAAAAAAGUAAAGAUAAUCCAUAUAGAAAUUUUUAUCAUUGGCAAUCUGGUAAAGAUGGACAACCACCAAAUAAAUGGCGUGCUUGUUUUGGUGGUUCAUGUUGGACAUAUGAUAUUAUUACUGGUGAAUAUUAUUUACAUACCUUUACAGAAAAACAACCGGAUCUUAAUUGGGAAAAUCCAUUAGUACGUGAAGAAGUUUAUAAAAUUAUGCGUUAUUGGCUUGAUAAAGGUGUUGAUGGAUUUCGAAUGGAUGUUAUUAAUUUCAUUUCGAAAGCACCUGGUUAUCCUGAAGGUAAACCAACUGAUGAUCCUCAAUAUACCGAUGGUACACCCUAUUUUAUUAAUGGACCACAUGUACAUGAACAUCUUCAAGAAAUGAAUGAAAAAGUUUUAAGACAUUAUAAUGUUGUUACAGUUGGAGAAUGUCCAGGUGCUCGUUUACAUGAUGCAGAAUUAUUUAGUGCUCCAGAACGAAAUGAAGUAAAUAUGAUAUUUACAUUUGAACAUAUGGAUUUAGAUGGUGGUAAAUGGACACCGAAAUUACUUGAUUUACGAGCAUUAAAACGUUUUUUUACAUCAUGGCAAAAAGGUUUAUAUAAAAAAGGAUGGAAUAGUUUAUAUUGGAAUAAUCAUGAUCAACCUCGAAUUGUUUCACGAUGGGGAAAUGAUUCCGAUCAAUAUAGAGUUUUAUCAGCAAAAAUGCUUGGAACUUGUUUACAUUUUCUUUGUGGUACACCUUAUAUUUAUCAAGGAGAAGAAAUUGGUAUGACAAAUGUUCGUUUUCCAACAUUAGCUGAUUAUCGUGAUAUUGAAACAACAAAUUUUCAUCGUGAUGCCAUUGCUCAAGGUUUAUCCACAGAAGAACUCAUGUCUGCUAUUUAUGCUAAAUCACGUGAUAAUGCUCGUACACCAAUUCAAUGGUCUGGUCAAUUACCACAUGGUGGUUUUAGUACUGGCGCAGUUAAUGUUACACCAUGGAUUAAUGUUAAUCCAAAUUAUACAGAUAUUAAUGUUGAACAAGCAUUAAAUGAUCCACAAUCAAUAUUUUAUUAUUAUCAAAAACUUGUUGAAUUACGUCGACAAAUGCCAAUUAUUGUCAAUGGUAAAUAUGAUAUAUUACAUGAAGAAAAUACACAUAUAUUUAUGUAUAAACGUUACAAUGAUGAAGGUCAAGAAUUAAUUAUUGCAUGUAACUUUAGUUCAGAAUCUAUUAAAAUAGAUGAUCCUCAACUUUUACAACGAUUAAAUAAUCAUAAACGAGUAUUAAUUAACAAUUAUGAACAUGAUAAAAAAUCUGAUUGGCUUGAUUUUCGUCCUUAUGAAGCAUGGGCACUUGAAAUAUCAUAA